ACAAAAGAGGUCAUAUAAUUGCUAUCCAAUCAAAAAACCUAAUAUUGUAUUUCCACCAAUGGUAACGAUUGUCUUACAGAGGAUGCUGAAACUUGUCACCUCACAAGCACGGCAGACGUACAGACGCAUUUAUCGACAUGAUAUAGUCACAAAUUCCUACAUGUUGGCUGUCGUAUGAAGAGGUAGUCGUUUUAUAUAGUUUGUUUGAUUUUUAGUCUGCUAAAGUAUUUAUAUUAGAUGUAAUUGUGUAUACCUCAAUAGAAUUUAGCGCCACCACUUGUGGCAUCAUGAUGAUGGGAGUUAACUGUCGCUGAUAGUCUGACCGACUUGCAACAAUGUUGCCCUCAUCUAACAUUUUGACCAGAUCCGCUACCCAAUUGGUGUCACACACAAAGUUUUGGAGUCAAGGUCAUCUGUGGUGCCCAUGCCGGAAUGUCUCCGUUAAACCAGGAGGGUGGAAACCGCAGAAGGUUCCACCAAGAUACCUCGGCCAGCUAAGCCCCUUCACUCAUCCACACUUCAUAAAAAAUGGUGAGGUGACCCCUGGCUUAACCCAAACAGAGUUUGAUCUCCGUCGGCAAAGACUGGCCUCUCUAAUCGAGGUUCAGGCAGAUCGGCUGGGACCCACUGCUUCGUCCAACAAACACCUCGUCAUUGUCCUCUCCCACCCAAUCCGCUACAUGACCAAUGACAUCCCCUACCCCUUCCACCAGAACCAGGACUUCCUCUACCUCACAGGCAUCCUUGAGCCAGACAGCGCCCUGGUUCUGUGUGGUACCGGCCGCCCGGACCAAGCCAUCCUCUUUGUACCCCGCAGGGACCCGGCCAGGGAGCUGUGGGAUGGGCCCAGGUCAGGGAAGGAUGGGGCGGCAGCGUUGACGGGGGUGGAGAGGGUCCACUGCACAGAAGAGUUGGGACUUGUACUCAAAAGCCUUAAAGGUAGCACUGUGUGGUAUGAUGGCUCCAAGCCCUGCCACCCUGGGCUCCACCAGACCCAUGUUUGGCCCCUGUUGGAAGGGGGGCCCAUGGUGCGCUCUCUCAGACCCCUUACACACUCCCUCAGGGCCCUCAAGAGCCCAGCCGAGGUGGCUCUUAUGAAGGAGGCUGGUCGCAUCACAGCACAGGUGAGUCACCUCACACACGCCAUGAGUGAAGCACUCUCAACUGUUCAUGUAAACCCUCUGCAUCCCCUCUAUCAGGCAUUCAAGAAGACUAUGGGUAUGUCUCAAGGGGACAUUGAUGAAGCUCUACUGUAUGCUAAAUUUGAUUUUGAGUGCCGUGCCCAUGGAGCCAAUUUCUUGGCCUAUCCUCCUGUGGUUGCUGGUGGAAACCGAGCCAAUACACUUCAUUACAUAAACAACAACCAGAUUGUCAAGAAUGGGGAGAUGGUGCUACUUGAUGGAGGGUGUGAAUACUUUUGUUAUGUGAGUGAUAUUACUCGCACCUGGCCGGUGAACGGAAAGUUCAGCCCUGCCCAGGCAGAGUUGUAUGAGGGGGUGUUGGAGGUGCAGAAGGCCUGUCUGUCUCUGUGCUCCCCAGGAGUCAGUCUGGACCACAUCUACAGCACCAUGUUGGCUCUGCUGGGACGCCAACUCAAACAGCUGGGCAUCGUGAAGGGCUCCACCAGUGAUGCUGAUGCACUUAAGGCGGCAAGGCGCUACUGCCCCCACCAUGUUGGUCACUACCUGGGCAUGGAUGUGCACGAUACCCCUGAGCUUUCCCGCUCUCAGCCCCUCCAGCCUGGAAUGGCAAUCACAAUAGAGCCAGGGCUGUACAUAUGUGAGGACGAUGACCAGGUUCCAGAGCGAUUCCGUGGACUUGGGGUGAGAAUAGAGGACGACGUUGUGAUUCAAGACGAGAUAAACCCCUUGAUCCUGUCCUCUGACACACCCAAAACCAUUGCUGAUGUUGAAAGAGCAUGUGCACAGAGUUAGGGCGGAGAGAGACUAGACAUGGGGAAGGUAUAUACCUUGCUCCCAACUGGAGUGUGACCGUAUAUACACUCCUCAAAUGCUAAGUGUGAGCAAGAGUGAGUGUUCAUCCCUCUCAAGAGUGACGGGUCACAUUUCAGUGGGUUCGUCUUCGGUAUAUUGGCGAUUGCACAAUUUAAUGUGCAUCCCGCCACCUACUGUGCGGGAAGAAAACAGGGUUUCCCCAAAAAAUGGAACUAUCAACAAAAACUAACAAACUACCAAAAAUAAAAUAUAUCAAACAACUUCAUUGUUAAAAAAAUAAACUAAUCUGAUCCCUACACAGGCUCAGGGGGAGCCUGGGAGGGCGGGCUGUCUUCCGGCGCCAAUACCCCUUCCAAGUGCUUCAGAUGUGUACUAAACAAAAAUAUAAACGCAACAUGUAAAGUGUUGGUCCCAUGUUUCAUGAGCUGAAAUAAAAGAUUCCUGAGAUGUUCCAUAGACACAAAAAGCUUAUUGCUCUCAAAUUUUGUGCACAAAUGUGUUUUACGUCUCUGUUAGUGAGCAUUUCUCCUUUGCAAAGAUAAUCAAUCCACCUGACAGGUGUGGCAUAUCAAGAAGCUGAUUAAACAGCAUGAUCAUUAAACUGGUGCACUUUGUGCUGGGAACAAUAAAAGGCUACUCUAAAAUGUGCAGUUUUGUCACACAACACAAUGCCACAGAUGUCUCAAGUUUUGAGGGAGCGUGCAAUUGGCAUGCUGACUGCAGGGAUGUCCAAACAGAGCUGUUUCCAGAGAAUUUACUGUUAAUUUCUCUACCAUAAGCCGCCUCCGACAUCGUUUUAGAGAAUUUAGCAGUACAUCCGACCGGCCUCACAACCACAGACCACGUUUAACAAUGCCAGACCAAGACCUCCACAUCUGGCUUCUUCUCGCCGGGGGAUUGUCUGAGAAGGGGGAGGUUGUAUUUCUGUCUGUAAUUAAAGCCCUUUUGUGGGGGAAAACUCAUUCUGAUUGGCUGGGCCUGGCUCUCCAGUGGGUGGGCCUGGCUCCCAAUUGGCUGUGCCCCUGCCGGGUCAUGUGAAAUCCAUAGAUUAGGGCCUAAUGAAUUUAUUUCAAUUGACUGAUUUCCUUCUAUGAACUGUAACUCAGUGAAAUCUUUGCAAUUGUUGCAUGUUGCGUUUAUAUUUUUUGUUCAGUAUAAAAUCCUUAAGUCCCAAAAACGUUUCUGCUGCAGCCACAAUAAUGUCCAGUUUCUUAGACUUUGAGAGUUGAGCCGCAGUUUAUAACUGGCAAUGAACAACACAAUCCCCCUUUUUAACACGGUAUCUUUUGACUGGCAGGAAACAUUUACUACAGGCUGUGGUACAUCCACUACCAUGUAUUCACUAGCAUCACUUGUUUUCCCAAUUAAUUAUAUGGGUUUCUGGAGGACUGCGUGAUUAUUCCUCAUGGAUCUGAAUGUGGUAAUGUUUUCAUUGUCAUUUCUAUUAUAAAAAGAAAAUGUCUGUUCUCACAAACUAAUACAUUUCACAGGUUCCUUGCAGGAUAGGAGAGCAUUAGAUAAUGGCUCUAUUGUGCAAGAAUUGUCUCAUUUAUUAGGAAUAGUGGGAUUUGAGAUAUGAGUUUAUUGAUGAAGACAAAAUGUAUAUUUGUGUGUGUGUUAGUUUUUAUACGUAGUCAUGUCUAAUUGAAAAUGCUGUUAUAACAGAAUAUUCAGUUAUUAUUUGUAACAGUUGGUCAUAAAUCUACCUAAAUGAGA